AUGGCACGAAGUUUUUGGCGCAGUUCAAACUAUUUAGAGUGGUUAUUGGAUCGUCAAGAUGUAAUGAUACAUAGAGCGAAUGAUUUAAAAAUUCUUGGUAGCGAAGAAGAAUAUCAGAAAGUGAUGCUUUUUUUUACUGAUGUCAUUCAAGCAUUUGGCAAAAGCGUUGAAGUCCGUCAACAAGUAAUUGCAACCGCUUUAGUAUAUUUCAAAAGAUUUUACAGUCGCAAUUCAUUUAAGACUAUUGACCCAUGGUUAAUGGCUCCAUCGUGUCUGUUUUUAGCAUCUAAAGUUGAGGAAUUUGGUGUAGUUUCUCAAAAAAAUCUAAUGACAUCAUGUCGUAAUGUGGUUCAUAGUCAUUAUUUAAUCUAUUUUCCUGAUGGUUACGGCUAUCCAUAUCGCGCUCAAGAUGUACUGGAAUGUGAAUUUAUUUUACUUGAAGCAAUGGAUUGUUCAUUAGUUGUCUUUCAUCCUUAUCGUCCGUUGGUACAGUUUUGUGAUGAACUUCGCCCCCAAAUGCAUGAGUAUGCUGACGUACUGUUAGAGCGUGCUUGGUGGCUAGUAAAUGAUAGUUUCCGAACAGACGUGUGCCUGCAUUAUCCUCCCUAUAUAAUUGCUCUAGGUUGUCUACAACUGGCUGUUGUGAUUAUUUCAAGUAAUCCUGACCUAUUAAUCGGCUCCGUCAACAUCAGUUCAUCAUCAUUUAUGAAUUCCAGUUUGUCUAUUUCAUCAAAUAAACAUGGUUAUUUUGGACACCAAACUCAAUCAACUGUUAAUCCUUCAUUAGUUGCUGAUCGUUGGUUCAGUGAAUUAAAUGUAGAUAUGGAAAGAGUGUUGGAAAUUUCUCGUCAUCUACUUAGUUUGUAUGAUUUAUGGCGUCGUUUUGAUGAACUUGCUGAAAUGCCUAACAUAUUAUUAAAAAAACUCCCACGUCCUGUCAUUCAAUCGCCGCAUACUUCACAAAAUUACCAAUCUGGCAAUUCUGUCAAUCUAACGGGUUGUAAUAGUACUUCUGUAACUCAAUCAUCUAAUCUAUCUAGUGGGACACAACAACAAAAUCAUGGUGGAUCAAUGGUUGUUCAAUCGGGUGCAGGUGCUGUUGGUACAGGAAGUAGUAGUGGUGCUACGGGGACUGUUGGUAGUAUACAUACUAUGCCAGAUCAUCAAACUCAGCAACAACAAAGAUCAAUGACGUCAUCUAGCCAACCACGUAUGCAUCCACAAGGUGGUGGAAUGCAGCAUAUGGGAGUUAGGUAGACGGAUAAGAACGAAGCGAGUAUGGCUGCAUAUCUGUAUAAAACUUUGGAAGUAUAUAUUUAUAUGUAUUCAGUUCUAUCUGCAAAAAUGAUAUAUAUUCCCUGAUUUAUUUAUGCUGAAUGUAUAUGUGUGGGUUAAUCGAAGCUUUCACGUGUUAAUUUUGAAUUGACAUGUCGUUUUAGCAAUGUAGCAGUAUAUCAAGUUAGUUGGAAUAAAUAUUUUUCAGUAUUGGAUUGUGGAGAUUGUUGAAAACAUGAACCGGUUUAAGUUACUUUGUGUAUUCACUGAUCUUAACUACUUAUAAGUAGUAGGUUUAUCACUCGAAAAGGUUUCUUCGAUUUCAUCUAUAGUGGUAUGAGUUUUAAUGAAUACACAAUUACGAUGUCAAUUUGUGAUGAAUAAUUUAUGAUUUCGUUAAAAAACAAAGUCUG